AUGUCUGGUUGGUUUCAAGAGAAGUCCGGCGACGCCACCAAGACGGCGUCCGAGACGGGGCAGACCAUUCAAGACCGCGCCGUCGAGGCAAAAGACCAGACCGGGGCCUUCCUUGGUGAGAAAAGCGAGGCUGUCACGAAGGCUGCCUCCGAGACUACCGAGGCGGCUAAAAAGAUGGGCGGCGAGGCCAUGGGGAAGGCGUCCGAGACGGUGGAAGCCGGUAAGGAUCACGCCGUCGAGGGCAAAGACCAGACAGGCAGCUUUUUCGGCGACAAGACUGACGCUGUCAAGAAGACGGCCACCGAGACUGCCGAUGCCACCAAGGAGAAGUCCACCGAGGCCGCCCAGCAUGUCCAGGACACCGCUGCACAGUACACCAAGGAUACCCCGGUCGCCCCCAAGGAAAACGUCUUCCAGCAGGCCGGCGGGAAUAUGGUGGGUGCCGCUACAGACGCCAAGGACGCUGUCAUGAACACGCUCGGGAUGGGAGGAGACAAGUGA